AUGUUAUUACAACGAGAAGAUGCCGAAAGAAGUGAUCUAUUCGAAUAUUCGUCAAUGAAUUAUGGAUGUCUGAGUGAAUUGAGUUGUUGUUAUAGAAUUGAUGCGCUCAUAAAGAUGUGUGAUCACUUAGCUAACAUUGCUGUGGCGUUGCACAAAUCGCUUUCGUUGAUUGGUGAUAAAACAAAACUGAAUGGAACGAAAAUGAAUCAAUUGUUGAACGAGUCAAUCAAAUGUUUCCGAAUCACAAAUGCGAUCGCCGAAAUCUUUUCCAUCACUCCAUUACCGAAGAGUAAACUUCCAGAUGAAGGAAAAAAAUUUCAAAAAUAUCUCAAUUCAGACGACGAAAUGGAUUUUCUAAUGCCUACGAACGAAGGUCUUCAAAUAGUGUCCGAUCCGGAGCAAUACAUUCCUAAAUUUGAGUCACAAAUUGAUCAUAUGAGGAGUGCAACGAAUGAGAUUGGCAGAUGCUUAAUAACAAUAACGAGAAUCAUUCGGAGUGUUACGCCGAAUAAAGAGUUGGUUAAUGACGUCACUGAACACAAAAUCGAAAUCUUGCUCGAUACAAUGCCUCCAAGUUGCGGCGAAAUUAAACGCAUUAAACUAUCGCCAUUCUCAGCGAAAUUACUCGGUAAGCCACCGAAGGAUAAGCCGUGUAUGCGACAUUUAACUGUGGAAGAUGAUCCGUGUUUAUUAGUGGAAGAAUUAUACGCAAAACUGUGUAGAGGUGAAAAAGUAUGGAAUUUCGAGAAGGGUCCUUUUGUAAGGUGA